AUUCUCCCGCUCAGUCGCACUCGGGGCUUCAGUCUUUCAGCCAGCACUUGUGUGAUAUAUUCAAUAUUGUCAUUAUUGUCCAUGCGUCAUGGCCCGUGACGACACCAUCAAGAGAGUGUCCCGAAACCGAGUCCCCCGAGCCCGAGCCCAAGCCCGAACACGAACACCCAAAAAUCAGAUCCAAAAACGCCAAUCGCACAACCGGAGCGUUGACAGUCGCGCAUAGACCACAGUCGUGGGCAGUAGCACAAAGUGGUUCAAUAUUUAAAUACGGACUUAAAUUACACGGCUAUCCAAAUCUAUGUGCAUACACCUACACAGCAAUACAUAAGUGUGCCCACCCAAAAACCGUACCGCCAAAAUCAUGUCGACCAAUCAGAGCAACGAAGAUAAUGCCAUACGUCCGCUGUGCGCUGAGCUGGCGCUGAAGGCGCAACAGGAGCUGGGUGAGGUGCCCGAACGUGUGCCUGAGGACAUCGAGACGGUGCGCACAUGGAUCUCAAAGCAGCCGCAUCUGAAGGCACGCCAGGAUGCGCAAUUUCUGGUCGCCUUUCUGCGCGGCUGCAAAUACAGUCUGGAGAAGACCAAGCUCAAGCUGGACAAUUUCUACGCCAUGCGUGGCGCGGUGCCGGAGCUGUACAAGAAUCGUUUUGUGGGCGAGAAGCAACUCAACAUCAUCAAAACUGCCUGCCUGCUACGUCUACCCCAACCACUUCAGCUGGACGGUCCGCGCAUACAUAUCUCACGCUAUGGCCAAUACGAUUCCAACAAGUAUUCCAUUGCGGAGGUCAUGCAGGUUAACACAAUGCUCGGCGAGAUCCAAAUAAGAGAGGAUGACAAUGCGAUGGUCUGUGGUUUUGUGGAGAUUAUUGACAUGAAGGGCAUUACCACCGGCCACAUGUUCCAAUUCGAUGCCGUGCUGAUCAAGAAACUGGCCGUGCUGGGCGAUAAGGCGCUGCCCUAUAGACCCAAAGGUUUCCACUUUAUCAAUGCGCCAACCAUGGCCGAGAAGGCAAUGUCCAUAGCCAAGAGUUUAAUGAGCGACAAGAUACGCAAGCGGUUCCAUAUACACUCUAAACUGGAUACACUUUAUAAGCACGUGCCCAAGGAAUGCCUGCCCAUUGAAUACGGCGGCACCAAUGGCAAUAUACAGGAUGUUGUCGAUAUCUGGACGCAAAAGCUGUUGGACUAUACGGACUUCUUCCAGCAGGAUGCGAUAUAUGGUACAAAUGAGAAACUGCGACGCGGACAGCCCAUUAAUUCCGAAACACUUUUCGGCAUCGAGGGCUCCUUUCGCAAAUUGGACAUUGAUUAGUUUAUACAUCUGAUACUAGUACAUAUUUUAACAAUAAAUAAUUAUUUUUUUAAUGUCGUAGCAAAAGAAAAAUCGAUUAAAGCACA